GUCGCCCCUCUGCCUGCAGAUCCACGUCGGACCGUUGGAUUAACCGAGCCAGAAAGGUUACUAUCAGUCCCGUCCUUAAACACCGAGGGAGGAAGAAGCAGAGCGCCGCUGGAGCUGCUUUUCUUCAGCUUCAAAAGACGACAAGAGUUAAAAAGAGAAAGAAAAAACAAUGAGCCGACGAAUCUAACGGAUACUAAUAAAGCAGUUUAAUGAAGAAGAAAAAAGCCGCACCAUAGGACCAAUUAAAUUCUUCUAUUCAAGGGAGAACAUUCCAUUCAGAAGCAAUUGGAUGAGAGUCUCAUUAGCCCUCGGCAACUAAAGAUGAUGUUACCAUGGAAACAAAUUGUUCUGCUAUCAAUCACCGGAUGCCUUGCAGCCUGUACAGAGGAUGUCAUAUUUCAAGGGCCAAGAUGGAGGACACAGCCAAGUGACCUCAUUUUGCCAAUCAACUCCCCAGACCACCAGGCCACCAUCACGUGUGAAGCAGAGGGUAUUCCUUCACCGCAGUACAGAUGGUCGCUAAACGGAACAGCCAUUGAUCUGGGGAGCGACUACCGGCGUCACAUGUCUGGGGGCAGCCUGAUCAUUAGGAACCUGGACAAGGACCAAGACACUGGGAUCUACCAAUGCAUGGCUUUCAAUACGUGGGGCUCUAUCCUCAGCCGCAGAGCCAGCAUCCAAUUUGCAUAUCUUGAAAACUUCAAAACCCAAUCGGUGAGGAGUGCUGUCAAUGUCCGAGAGGGUCAAGGAGUGGUUCUGUUGUGUGGAGCUCCACCACAUUCUGGAGAGCUGACGUUUGCGUGGAUUUUCAAUGAAUAUCCAUAUUCUGUCCAACAAGACAGUCGAAGAUUCGUCUCUCAGGAGACGGGGAGUCUGUACAUCGCCAAAGUGGAGCCCUCAGACGUGGGCAACUACACUUGUGUGGUUAACAACACUGUCACUAAGGAGAAGGUUCUCAGCUCUCCAACACCUCUGGUCCUCAGGAGUGAUGGCGUAAUGGGGGAAUAUGAGCCAAAAAUAGAAGUUCAUUUUCCAGAUUCGAUCCCAGCUGCAAAGGAAUCCGUGGUGGAACUGGAAUGUUUCGCUCUGGGAAACCCUGUCCCAGAAAUAAGCUGGAGGAGAACCAGUGGUGUCCCGUUCCCCAGCAAAGUCAAAAUGAAGAACUCCAACGCUGUCCUUGAAGUCCCUAAUUUCCAACAGGAAGAUGCAGGAACAUACGAGUGCAUAGCAGAGAAUCGGCGGGGCAAAAAUGUGGCACGGGGUCGAAUUUCCUUCCAUGCUAAACCCCAGUGGUUCCAGACCGUGGCAGACACAGCUAAGUCCAUAGAGGAAAACCUUUUCUGGGAGUGUAAGGCCAGUGGAAAACCGAAACCAUCCUACAGCUGGCUGAAGAAUGGAGAACAGCUGAUGGUGGAGGGGCGUGUACAAAUAGAAAAUGGAGCCCUUUCCAUAACUGCGCUGAACCUGUCAGAUUCCGGGAUGUAUCAGUGUGUGGCUGAAAACAAACAUGGCAGUAUUUAUUCCAGCGCCCAGCUAAUGGUGUUAGCUUCAGCUCCAAGUUUCUCCAGAAGUCCAUUAAAGGCUUUGCUAAAAGCUCGCUCAGGCAGCGAAGUCACUCUUGAAUGCAAGCCUCAGGCCUCGCCACCAGCAAUUAGCCUUUGGAAGAAAGGGAAUGAAAUCCUGCAGAGAAGUGAAAGGAUUACUUUGUCUCCAAAUGGAACUUUAAAGAUUGCCAACGUAACCAAACGGGAUGCAGGUGGCUACAUGUGCAUCGCUAAGAACCAGUUUGGAACAGCGAGCACGACUGGGACACUCCUUGUCACUGAGCCCACCAGAAUCACCAUGAGGCCCACUAACAUGGAGAUUAUUGUUGGCGAGAGCAUCGUGCUACCCUGCCAGAUUGCCUACGAUCCAGCUCUGGACGUUUCUUUCUCGUGGGCAUUCAACGGCCAGCUCAUCGACUUCCAGCGAGACAGUGAUCACUUUGAAAGAGUAGGCGGGACUAUAUCAGGGGAUCUGAUGAUUCGCAACAUCCAGCUGAACCAUGGUGGGAAGUACGUCUGCGUUAUCGACACGGACGUGGAGAGCCUGUCCACCUCUGCAAUCCUGGUUGUCAAAGGUCCACCAGGCCCGCCAGACAAGGUAGCAGUUGAGGAAAUCACAGACAGCACAGCACAGCUAUCGUGGACUCCUGGAAGUGACAACGGAAGCCCCAUUACCAGUUACAUCAUCCAGGCUCGAACACCUUUUACUGUGGGCUGGCAGGCUGUUGACACAGUGCCGGAGGUGAUCAGUGGUAACAUGCUGACUGCCACGGUGGUGAGCCUGAAUGCCUGGGUGGAGUACGAGUUCAGAGUCGUGGCACGCAACGCUGUCGGCCUCGGAGAGCCAAGCCCAGCAUCAGCCAAAACCAGAACAGAGGAUGCUGUUCCUGAUACAGCUCCCACUGAUGUUGGAGGUGGAGGAGGCGCAAAGUCUGAAUUAGUGAUAACAUGGGAGCCUUUGCCUGAGGAACUCCAAAAUGGUGAGGACUUUGGCUACAUCGUCGCUCUCAGGCCUGUGGGCACAGUCACAUGGACACGAGCCAUUAUCUCCACGCCAGGCGCAUCCCGUUACGUCUUCCGCAACGACACCAUCCAACCCUUUUCGCCUUUUGACAUCAAAGUUGGAGCCUACAACAAACGGGGGGAGGGCCCGUUCAGCUCCAUUGCCACCGUGUUCUCUGCAGAAGAAGUCCCCAGUGUGGCUCCUAAGAGGGUUGGGGCUCGAAGUUUGUCUGCAUCACAAAUUGAAGUGAUCUGGGAAGCUCUCCCUGGCCUUCCGGAAAGAGUUCUAGGAUAUGAGGUUGUGUACUGGGAAGAUGGCACCAAGCCUGACACUAUUGGCAAAGUGAGAAUAACUGGAAACUACACACAAGUUAACAUCACAGGGCUGAAAGCGGACACAGCAUACUACCUUUCUGUUGCUGCCUUUAACACCGCUGGUCCCGGACCGCAGUCAGCCCCCAUCAACAGCACCACAAAGAAACCACCGCCAGAUCGGGGGCCGCUCAAUAUACAAUGGAGCAUGAUUGGCUCCACGCUAACGCUACACUGGGACCCUGUGGUAACCAUGGAGACGGAGUCAAAGGUGACUGGAUAUUUGGUGGUGCUGAAAAGACACAGAUACAAUGACAUCAACACCAUCUUCACCAACAGAACCACAGCUGAGCUCAGCCUCUCAGCUAGUGACAACUAUCUUAUUCAAAUCAAGGUUCUGAGUGAAGGUGGUGAAGGCAUGGCCAGUGAACCCAUCCACAUCCACAAAUUAAGCAUGGGAGCUCGAGGCUCUGGAGCUUCCCGCCUUAGACGGCUGCCCUCCCCUACAGUCCUCAUCAGCGCACUGCUCUACUUCAUCUGGUGAUGUCCCACCUCCGCCUGUGGGGCUCCUCCUCCAUCUCUUCAUUUAAGCCUGCCCCAAGUUGACCCUCCACUGGAAUGGCACAAGGCCCCGGUUUCAGUAACUGGGGGAAAGGGAGGAAAUACUGGACUGCACCAAACUCUUAAAGGGACCAUGCCAUUUUUUUUAAUACCCAUGCAUGAAACAAUUUUGUUUUUCUUCCCCAUAUUGAAAGUGCCACUGUCCUUCAAGUUUCCUUUUAUACAUUUUUUAUCUCUACAUGACUUACAUUUGUAUCAUUGGAGAUACAAUUGCCUUAAAACCCACUUUACUAAAACAGUCCAUACCAAAGUAGGUGAGAGCGACUGCUUGCAUAAACCCUAAGAAAGUGUUCACACAGCGAACCUCAGCAGUCAUUACAAUACAGUCAUUGGCCGUACCCAUUUUUCAGCCUGUCAAAUUAUCCCAAAGCCAUUAAUUCAUAAGCAUGUUUUUUUGAGCAGCGGUUGCCAGCAAAAAUAUCUGUUCUAGGCAUAAGAUUUUCACCAGGCUUUGUCAAAUAUAUGACAGAUGCAUAAUUGAUCAGCUGUGCCUGAAACCCACUUAUCUCUGACUGCUGAAAUAAUGUUGAGUCUGUUAGCGAGCCACGGGCUCCUAAGCUUUAGGCCCCUUUCACAACACUCUGAUAGAUCUUGGCAUUUUGCUCUCUUUCUCAUGCUCCUCUAAAUAAUAAAUGCCUAUCACGCUCUGCAUUCUCGGUCUAGCGAAAAAAUGGGGAUUGAGGGAAACAGACACGUGGCGUAACUACAUCAAGGAGAUCCCAUGUGUGACGCUGCAUCUCUGCAUUCAGACGGCAGCAGAAGAUGCUACAUCAACAACUCAAAUGACCCCCUGCCACCGUGCACAGAGGGACUGCAGGAUAACAGUGCCUUCACUAGAGCUCACCCAGGUGGUUUCUCUCGUUCCUCUUCAGAUAGCGUAUGGAAAGACUUGUGAUGCAGCAGGGGGAUUGUUUGCUUUGCUUUUGUGUAAAAUAUCAACCACAAAAGACAGGAAGCUCCGAAUGCGGGAGCUGCCCCUUAUGGGAAGUGGUGUGUUGAUUAAAUUUUCAUCUGGGCACAGGAGCACCCAAGAUAAAGAGGUUGGCAGAUUUACGAGAGCUGCUAUAGAUUUCAAUAUGUAGUAGGACAUUUUGGUACCAGUAUUUAUGACCUGUGGUAUAAUAAAUGUCUGACUCCAUCCUCGCCGUAGUUUACUGGCUAUUAGAGCAUCAGAAUAAUAGAUGCAAAUACAGGGAGAAAAGAGGUCUGACUGGAAAUGGAGCACAAGGUGUGGUUACCCCCAUCCCACUUCACCUCGGUCUGCUGGACACACAGCAGACUGGAAAACAACAAAGGAGCAUUACUUCUCCGCUGAGAAAGCCACUUUUUACAGCCUUUCAUCAUGUGGAUGAGUCUGUCUGACAUAGGACAUCUAAAUAAGAGCCGAGGUGUGACUGCUCGGGUCCCGGUGAUAUUAGAUACAACUGAGUUGCUACACAUUACUGUGCCUUUGCCAAACACGGGACUGUGUACAGUCGUUAGCUAGGGCCUUUUUGUUUUCUGCAUUUUGAACUCUUGAAAGCACAAGGAAGUGAUGCAAGGUGACUGGAUGUCCUCACUUAACUGUCCGAACAAGUGUGCUUGACCCCAGAGGCCUCAUAAAAAGGUCCAAACGGCUGACAUAAUCAGGCUGUCCUUAUCUGCUCCUUGACUGGAUUCAUAAAAGUCUGUGCUCGUUGAUUAGACUCCUGCAGACCAGUCAAUGGGAUAUUGAUUUUCCUUGCCCAUUAUUGUGGCUGUCACAAUUCAGCUGCUUGACUGACUGAAGGCCAAGUCCUUAUGCACCUGCUAUAUUGUGUUAUAGUCUAUGAUGUUUCAAAUGUCCUCCAUUUCUACCUCUUUACUUCUCAUCAUACCAACUUCUUAUUUUUUAUAUGUAUCUAACUUUGUUUUGGUUUGACCAGUAACAUCACUGUAGGCAGUUUUCUUUUCCCAGCAGCUUUUCUUGCUCAGACUCAGAAACAUGUAUCUGUGGUGUUGUAAACUGUGAAUUGGAGCACUGACCUGAAAUUGAUUAGCUGGUUGGUUCUUUUGAGUUGCUUAUCAAAACAAACAGUUGUGUUGUGCCCAAAUGGUAAUACCACUGCAUCAUUCUUGCCAACAGCAAAGAAGCUGAGUCACACCAGCAUUUUAAACUGUGAAUUUCCCUCUUAACCACAAUUUAGCCUUGCUUGCUUUGAUCUAAAUAUAUAUUUUUUUUUUAGUCAGAAAGAAUGUUUUGCAAAACAAAAUGGUUCUACCUUAAACAGACAAUGCGUAGUUUUUACCAUUAAUUUCUGGUAACAUCCAUCCAAACGUUGAUGAAAAUGAAUGAAAUUAUGCCCAGUUGUUGAAAAAUAUUGGCGACUUUGUAACAUAUAGCCAUAAAAAUUCGGUCUAAAGAACAUGGGAGUGGGUCAAAGUCUCUGGGUGACACCAUAUUAGUGCCAUGUUUCCUUCUACGGGAGCCCAUGAGGACAUAAUGCAUUUACUGAUUUGUAACAAACAGUUACAAAACUUUCGUCCUUCUUAAAUGUUGUCAUUGUACACAUUUACCUCUUCACUUGCUGCCAGUGAUGAAAGGGAGUCUGAUGUGCUUGUUACUUAGCCAAAGUUUGCACUCCUUUUUUGACCCUAAUGGGCACCUGGUAAGGUCUCACUCCAACACAAAAAUACUGCUUGCUUGCAACAAUUUAGGUAUCUACUGUCCCUAUUGACAAGAAAAAUACGCACUGUCACUUUAACCAUGUGUGCGAUCCUCAGUUUCCUCUGACAGAAAUAUAUGCAGCUUUAUGCAACUUGAAAUAGAAUUGUGCAUUCAUAUCUCAAUAUGGCUAAAUGAGUCUUUUAUCAGUUACCUCUCUGUUUAAAUAACCAAACAUGCACCGUUUAAUGCACCAGGACGAGGGGUGGUAAUUAAUAUUAAUAACAAUAAUUGCAUUGUUGAUUCUAUCUAUUAAUUCAAUUCAUUAUCAAUUCCAGAGUAGUUCAAUAGAUGGCAAGAAAUAUUUUGCACACGGCCUCCUGCAUUCAAACAGUUUAUUAAUGAUAAAUAAUCAGUUGUAACUGGUAUCGGUUAGAAAGAAUGCUCUUUCCAUUAUUAUUUCCAAAUGUUCUCUUUUAUGCUCCUUGUGUAGGCAGAGUCAUCUUCGUUUAUGCCAUAGUGUUGCUGUAGCUUUCACUAAUCGAGCAAAAUCUCACCACAGACCGGACUAUAGCUGCUGGAGUCUGCUAGUAUGGAGGUGUGUAUUUAAGGCAAACGAAGCUAACAUGAUAGGCAGUGUUAGCUGAUAAAUUACAGUAGAAGAUGUGCAGGACGCUGCUGCUGCAUUGAAAUUCACUAGUCUGGAGCGGAUCAUAAACACAACAUUCACUUGUUAUUGUGACAUUUUUGUGCAAAUGCUUUUGCACAUUUGUAGCAUUUCCCCCCUUUGAUGAAAUGUCUACUUUGCAAGCUUUGCAAGUUACCCUGUUGUCACCCUUUCUUGAAAGUAAAACCAAGCUUUCUAGCAUUUGUGCCACUUAGGCACCAUGCUUGCUGCUGAGUAAAUGCACAAGCUACACAAAUAGCUUGCGUAUGCAACGUAAUGUGCGUGGUGACGUUAUUUCCUUCUCUUUUUUUUUACCGUGUCCUGUCUGGCUGUGAAGCAAACAGAAUAGACCUUUUUACUGUUUGUAAACAAUAUGACAUCAGCGAGAAUGCGCGCGCAGCUUGGCAACAGAGAAUGGCGUUGUGUCAGGCUUUAUCAAGCUACGCUGCGGGGUUAUCACCGGCAAAUCUUGAAUGUUAUAUUAUUAAACUCACUUUAACGAAUGGCAACAGACUCCCGGAUCCCUGUGGCAUUACGGAAUGGGUGGAAGAUGUAGGUGCGUGGCCAGAUAUCCAGUGGCCCGAUAUAUAUACGUUUUUAGUGGAGAGGCCCAGUAAGUACACAUGGGAGAAGCUACGGGCAUACAAAUCGUUAGAUGCAUACAACUAUGUUGUCUGUGGCCACGUACAGAAAGUAAAAUAUCACGACAUAGACUCUGAGUUUUGCGUCUUGAAGGCAGAAGUCCUUCCUAGCCAAAGACAAGGACACAAGACUGCUAUGUACGAGGCUUGGGUCAUAGUAAACAAACCAGAGAACUACGUUUUCACAUCCAACUGUACCUGCAUGGCAGGGUGAGUAUAGCAUAGGUUUCUUUUUUUAGCGUGCUCAGAGUACAAUCGUGUUAAUUUUAGAGAAAUACAGUUUAUACUAAUAUGCAGUGGGAAAAUACAGAUGAAUAAGAAUGAAAUGUUAAUUUGAAGCAUGAAAUAAAGCGUAUAAAUUUAUAUGUAAUCUUAGUACAUAGUUACCUGAUAUAAAAUGGGCGCUACAAACUCGAGCAUUUCGGAUCGUGUUUUCAGUCCAGUUUUCAUCAACCCUUUUGAUGGCCUGAAGCCACAGACGCCUCCGAUUUUGUUGAAAUGGAUGUGCUCCCUUCGGAAUUCUGUAAAGUUUCAGUCCACUGCUUGAAGAGAAGCGAUUCUGGCAUCCAUACACGCAACAACCCGACAUUUUUAUGUGCUCAGAACUUCAAAACAAAGGGUUUAAAACGCUGUUUUAGUAUCGAUUGUGAAUGAGGAAGCCUUCACUCUCGUUGCCAGGCUGCGCGCGCAACUUUUGAUGACGUAGGUAGUAAAAGGGUCUAUUGAUGUCUGAAUGCUGGUGACAAGCCUUACAGAUUUACUCUCAGGUGGAGCAUCAAAGUGUCUGCUUUUAAUGUCACACCUGAUACUUAAAACUUUAUUGUUAUUGUUUUUGAAUGCUUUGUAAUUCUGACCAGACACGGAGACAGAGGUGAAAGAGAAAGGAAAAGACAAAAGGUGGGGAGAGAGGGGGGAAGGGGGUGGGGGGUGGGGUUUCCACAAAAAUAAACAAUAAUGAACAAGAGUCUGCUUCUAGACCUGCAGAAAGAGAAAGAAUAGAAAAAAAUGGGACACACAACAAUACAUCUGUAAUUGAUAUGGGAAUAAUUUGCAAAAAUGGCAAACGAUUCCUAGGAAUUGAAAGAGUGGGAAUCAAUUCUCAACAAGAACCGGUUUUCGAUUCCAGCCCUAACCUGGCAGAUUUGCUUUUACUAGAAAAUCUGCCUAUAUACUUUAUUUUGAAAUUUGCAGGUGCUCUACACUGCUUCUGUGUUUGAUUUCCAAUCUGAACCGAUCCUAACUGGUGAGAUUUAUGUGUUCUGGAACCUUAGCGUGUAAAAAAUAGACAAAGUGUAAAUUUACAGGAGAGCUGUGACUCUACAUUUCUGGGAAUCAUCCAAGACACGCCACACCACACCCACUGAAAACAAGUCCUUUGACUCUAAUGGUAGCUGUUAGCUGGUUAUUACACUUUGACGACGUUACACGAUGGCUAUGCUUCUAGUGAACGGCUGGGAUGAGAGAGUCUUACAGGACUGGAGCAGGUUUAUCAUGGGAACUUGUACAUGCAGCGAUGGUGAGAGAGCAGAGGUGCAUCUUAAGGUGCAAUGCUGAAAAUAUCCGAGUAAAACCCAGUUGAUUAGCAUAGAUGCAUCAUAAAUACCUCGGUGGCAUCUUAAUGCAUUGUGAAGAUGCACCAGAUUCACAUAAAGCAACUUAUGGCUUCAAUUUCUAGUCAGUUUGAAAUGUAAUUACUGUUAAUUUUGACAAAUCCCAUCAAGCAGACUUUGCAGAUAAACAUUUAUACACAUAUCUGACAAAAUGUGUGUUCUCAAACUACCAAAUUACACCUGAUUAUUACUUAAGGUUUUACCAGCCUUUUUUUUUUUUACUCAUGGGAUGUUCUAAAUCAGUACCUCAGAAGUACACACAAAUUGAGAAUGUAUCACUGUGCUAAUUUCUGGUGUGACUUGGCUUUGAAGCUGCUUGUGUUUUUUCAAGUGUAGUAAUUAUUGUUGCUAAAAAUUUCCAAAUGAUCUCCAGAUUGCAAGCUAAAAGGUUUUUAUGUUACAUAACUUGUGUGGCAACUUUUUUUUUUUAAUUAUUACUUACAUGUUUGUAGAUUAGCUUAAUGUCUCUAAUCUUUACUCAUGCUCACUAAAGAACAAAUGUUUCUUUUGGCCAUACGCUUUAAUUAUUGCUUCAAUGUACAAUCUAAUGAAAGGACGUGAUGAAAGCCAGUUGUAUUGAUUAAAUGGUAGUUAUCACAGAUUAACAACAAGAAAAACAUCUAUUACUGUCCAUGAGGUUGGCACAGUUAGAUUAGAUUUUGUGGGUUUUGUUCAUAGAAAGAAGUGCACAUGGUACAAUGUAUAUAGCUUGCAUAUAUUUUAUAAAACAUGGCCAUCAAAGGCAAACUUACUGCUUUUAUAUAGUGUGUUCUCUGGCUUUAAUACUGAUGUAUUAAUCAAUGAUCUCUGUGAGAUACUCACAUGUAGAACGGUAUUUUCAUAUUGAAAAGUAACUGUAUUGUCUUGUAUACUAAAAUUGUGCAUGUUAAUCAUUGUUUGUUUAUUUGUGUUGGUUUUUUUCUAUAACUGUAACUUAGUAAAAAUGUUUAUUCCUGCCAGCUA